GCAGUGCAUAGUGCAGCGUCCCUGUGUCCUGAUUGUUAAGGUGGAGCUUUCUGCCACAUCACAUCUAUUUGCUGCCGCUACAACGCGCAGUGCUGAGGCUGUUCUACUGGAAAGAGCGAGCUGUCAGGAGCAGAAAGCGGCUGAACAACAACGGAAGCGAGAGCGUUUUUUGCAUCUCAGGACAAUUUCAUCCUACUUUAGAGGUGUCGAGGAACAUGCAUUCAACGCGCAGGUUAAAAGAAAAAAACAUCUGUUAAUUUAAGUUCUUCGCUGCAGCAACUUUUCAGUCGUCGGAAGAUUUGUUUUCUUUGUUUUAACUAAGAAUUCAUAAAGAUAGUUUUGAAAUCUUGAGAAAUGUCUCGCAAGAAAGCUGCCAAAGGCAAAGCCGCGACCAGCAGCCCGUCUGCGGGCAGCCCCACCGGGAAAGGGAGCGGGAAAGCUGCGAGGAGCAGCCCGGGCAUUGUUCAGAUGAACGGCGUGGUCCAUCCCAGCAGACCCUCCAUCAGCAAUAGCAGCGAGUUUUAUGACAUCGCUUUUAAGGUGAUGCUGGUUGGAGACUCUGGUGUGGGGAAAACAUGUCUACUGGUCCGUUUUAAAGACGGAGCUUUCCUGGCUGGCAGCUUCAUCUCAACUGUGGGCAUUGAUUUUAGGAAUAAAGUCCUGAACAUUGAUGGAGUCAAGGUGAAGCUCCAGAUCUGGGACACAGCUGGACAGGAGCGGUUUCGCAGUGUCACUCAUGCCUACUACCGUGACGCCCAUGCUUUGCUUCUGCUGUACGACGUCACCAACAAAACAUCCUUCGACAACAUACAGGCAUGGUUGACUGAGAUCCAUGAGUACGCCCAACAGGAUGUGGUGCUCAUGCUGCUUGGAAACAAGGCUGAUGCCACUCAUGAGAGGGUGGUGAAGAGAGAAGAUGGCGAGAGGCUUGCAAAGGAGUUCGGAGUUCCCUUCAUGGAGACCAGCGCCAGGUCAGGUCUCAACGUAGAGCUGGCUUUCACCGCUGUGGCUAAGGAGCUGAAGCACCGGUCUAUGAAGGAUCCCAGUGAGAAGUUUAAGCUCCAGGAGUAUGUAAACAAGGAGAUGAAAAGCACAGGCUGCUGCAGAACUUAAAGCCUGUCCGUGUGUGUGUGUGUGUGUGUGUGUGUGUGUGUGUGUGUGUGUGUGUGUGUGUGUGUGUGUGUGUGUGUGUGUGUGUGUGUGUGUGUGUGUGUGUGUGUGUGUGUGUGUGUGUGUGUGUGUGUGUGUGUGUUUGUGUGUGUGUGUGUGUGUGUGUGUGUGUGUGUCAGUCACAUUCAUUUCGUACUGUAGGUGUUCAUAUCUGGCCCAAUCACAGAUGAGUCAGCUCCAGUGAGGUAUACAUCUUUUUGCCCUUCUGUUUCUCCACUCUCAAACCUCCCUGUCUGUUGUCCUGCACUCAUCUCACUGCCCUACUCUACUUUGUUUGUCCUGCUUUUCCUCACCCACCUCCUCCUGCAGCUGUGAAUGUAGGUGGUUUGCAAAAGACAAAGUUAGAAGCUGCACACCUCAGUUAUAAAUCUAUUAAUGGACAUUUUCUUCCAUAACUUUAGUUGCAUGAUAUUUUAACCCUAGCAUUGAAUCGGAUAUCUACCUUUGCAUUACCUUGUUUGGAUAUUUUAUUGUUAAAGGGAUUUAAUCAUAACAGAAUGUAUGUAUUAUGUAGAUAUUUUUGCAAGAUACAUGUAAAGCUAUUUAUUUCUCCAUUUAAAAUGUCAGUGACAGUCGACGUUUUGGUUGAAUGUACAUUUUGGGAAUUUUUUCAAUAUUAGAAGAAUCAAUGUUGAGUCUUUGAGAGCUCUAAUGCAACCUCUCUUCUUGAUUAUAUAUAAUUUUGUUUUUAAAUUAUUUAAAACACGAUUUGACAAACAUGAUGUUAAUAACUUUUUUCUGCAUGUAAGAAAAAGAUGAGAAUAGCACUUUAGAUGGUAAAUAAGAGUAUGGGUGGGGUUUUAGGAGGAUGUUUGGGGAAUAAAGACCCAUAGUAUGUUGAAAAUGUUACCUAAAGUAUUGGAUACGACACACAGAUGUGUUUAUUUCUUUUGAUUUUGAAUGUUUUAUUUGUAGUCAGAUGUGCAAACCUUAGUGGGCUUCUAUAUUUCCUGCUUUUAUUUUCCAUUCACAAAUAUAUAAAUGGGGUAUAUAGUGCCAUUUCUUCUCAAACCUGUUCUUCAUAAAAGAAGCAUGGGUCUCUUUUUAUAUGACUUGCUUAGAUUAGAUUAGAUUAGAUUUCAUCUUAGUCAUAGAAACGGUACUGUACAUUUUUGAGUUCAUGUUCAGAGUAAUGUAUUGAUUUUUGGUUUUACUAAUUUUUAAUGUGCAACUUCUUUCUUGUAAUUGAAAAUAAACUACAAUAAAAAUA